UGCGUUCCACGUUGUCCCCCGGACGUGGCAGUCGGUCCGCCUGUCUUGCGAAAAAGCAACACGAACAACUCCCACGCGUUGGCCUCUUUUUAAGGGUUUUUGUAUUCGCAAAGAAUCAAACGUUCACCAGCAGUCAUGGGCCUGACCAUAUCUACAGUCUUUAGUCGACUUUUUGGCAAAAAACAAAUGAGGAUUUUAAUGGUUGGUCUGGAUGCUGCUGGAAAAACUACCAUCCUGUAUAAACUGAAGCUUGGCGAAAUUGUCACUACCAUCCCGACUAUAGGUUUCAAUGUGGAGACAGUGGAAUACAGAAACAUAAGUUUCACUGUGUGGGAUGUGGGUGGCCAAGACAAGAUCAGACCCCUGUGGCGACAUUACUUCCAGAACACACAGGGCCUCAUCUUCGUAGUGGACAGCAAUGACAGAGAGAGAGUGGCUGAGGCUGCAGAUGAGCUCUCCAAGAUGUUGGGCGAGCAGGAGUUGAAAGAUGCCGUGUUGCUGGUGUUUGCCAACAAACAGGACCUUCCCAACGCCCUGACAAUCAGCGAACUCACAGAUCAUCUGGGUCUCAACACCCUGAGGAACAAACUCUGGCACGUUGAGGCGACCUGCGCCACCCAGGGCACUGGCUUGUACGAAGGACUCGACUGGCUUUCCACGGAGCUCUCCAAGUAGACGCGGAUCAACCGGGCGGAUGAAAGCGUGAACUUUCACACGGACAUUCGACAUUUGGUCUUUCGGCUGCGGAGGACAUGGCUGGUGGCCAGUAUAUGGUUUUUUUUUUUUCGUUGUUUUUUUUUUUAUGGAUUGGGCAGGCGGGGUUGUCAUUGUCUUACUUUUAUUCCAUUGUAUGACCAACAAUCUGUGAGAAAGUCAUCAUGAAAACGAUGCAGUUUGACCACUUGAGUAAUUCCAGUCAGGUUGGGUUGUGUAAAGUUCUGUUCAACAUAUCUGGACCAGGAUACCAGUGAUUUUUCUUUGAAGUCUUCUACCACAUUGACCACCGCUGAAUGGAUCCAAAAAGGAACAUUGUGCCUUCCACAGCCUCUUUUUAUUUCAUGUUUAAUGCUCACGCCCUCCUAAGACUCCUACUUUUGCGACUUUAAAAAUACUUUUGUACUCUUUUUCUGCGUGUGCUGUUUCUUUGCAAACUGUUUUCCUCUAUAGAUAAACAACCAAGCCUUUCCUCGCUUUUGUUCUGACUUAUAAAGUAGUCAGAUCUAACAAAAAAUUGUUGAACCACAUGAUUCAUUGCUAAAAUUGUUUGCAUUACAUGUAGGUGUUUGUUUUGCUUGUAAUGUUUGCUACCAAAUACUUAUAUAUAUAUAUAUAUAUAUAUAUAUAUAUACACACACACCGUAGUAGCGUACUAAUGUGUACAUUGUUUCCGGUACCUUGGAAGAACAAGACCUUUCGCAUAUGCUCUUGGGCCUUAAAAUAUCUGACUGUUUAUAACUUUAAUUUGCUUUAAAAUGCUUUACAAAAAAGUAAACAAUAAAGAUUUAAAAAUA